AACAAUUUAACAGUCUAGAAAAAUUUCAAUACUAAACAAAAAUAUGAAUAAUUAUUUGAUUUUAACUGUAUUUUUAUGUACCGUAUGCUUAGGUCAUACACUCGGCUUAUUCGGUAUCAAUGAUCAGCAGUUAACUGGCAAACGAGGUAACAGUGCUGAUGAAUGUAAAAAGUUGAUCACCAAUGAUGUCGCCAAUUGUAUUAAUGCCAAAGUAGACAAAGAAACAAUUGAUAAACAUAAGGAUGAAAAUAAAUUUAUGUGUUGUUUUAUUGGCAUUAGAUUGGAUUGUUCGACAGCAGUAGCCAAGGACAAAUGUCAAACUAAAGAUUACGAAAUUUUGAAGACUCUUAACGACCAAACUAGAGAUGAUCUCAAUCUUAAUGGUUGCGAACAAUACCAUAUUAUAACCGGUAGAACACAUUGUUUAACAUAAUUUACAACAAAUAUAUUG